AAGUAUCCGCAGCGCGGCGCGUUCCUCUGCGUCCAGUGCGGGACGCCGCUCUACUGGGCGCGGAGCAAGUUCGGCUCCGGCAGCGGGUGGCCCGCGUUCUACGACGCCGUCGACGGCGCCGUGGAGCGCGUCGCCGAGUCGCAGCAGGACCCGCUCUCGAGCGAGCUCAAGCAGCACGGCACGGAGCUGGUCUGUUCCAACUGCGGCGGCCAUCUCGGCCACGUCUUCGAGGGCGAGGGCUUCGGCACGCCGACGGACGAGCGCCACUGCGUCAACGGCGUCUGCCUGCGCUAC